AUGAUUGAGGCUAGCAGAAGGACACGCGUUGGUUGUUCUCGUGAGCGCAGAAGGAGGAUACCUAGUACUACAUUGCAGUUGAGUUGCAUUCCCUCUCCAUGCUCAAUAUGCCUAGGCGAUGAGUUCUCCUUGGCCGUUCCAUUGCCGACUUCUCGCUGCGAUGAUUUCUCUUCGGCUUAUACGACGACUCUGUGUGAUCACUACCCUUCUGCACCUUUUCCGACGCCUCCGUCAGAGAGCAUGUCGGAAUCGAGGCGCCGCAUCAUCACAGGUCCGCCGUCACGGCCCAUCAGAUUUCGCAACUCGCCACGGCCAGGCAUUGCAAACACUAUUCCUACUCUUGGCCGCAGCAGCUUCUCCCACCACUCUAUGACCAGCCUCCGGACCCUACUCGACUCCGAUCGUACAAACCGCAGACGCAGACCCACGUCAUGUUACGCCUGUCUGAGAUGUCUAAUAGUAUCCUUGAACCUCACCAUGUCGAUCUUUAGCGGCGAGCUCCCGGGUGUCCUUUCCCUUGCUUUAGCCCGGAGGCCGAUAAUCAACACAUCCUUCUCCAUCGCACAGACGAAAAGCGUGCGCAUUACACCAACCGCUUCGCCGCUGUGUUUGCCAGGUGGUGGAUGA